UUUCCUCACUGUUGGUGCAACCUCUCUUUCUCGAGUCUGGUUUGUCUUUCCUUUUACCCUACUUUCCUCGGUUUUGGACUACAUUUUUUCCAAGCUCAGUCCAUUUCCUCUCUUCUCUCAUACCACACCCUAUUUCAUUGGCUCUCUUUUACAUUUCCCUUCUAUCUAAUUCAACCAGUGCAACCUAACUUAGACCGGCAACCAUGCCAUCAGAACUGGAACGAGCAAUGGAGUCCAUGAUCACUGUGUUCCACAAGUAUGCUGCUAAGGAGGGCAAUGGCAACACUCUGAGCCGCCGUGAGCUAAGGGACCUGAUGGAGAACGAGCUCUCUGGCUUCCUCAAGUCUCAGAAGGACCCAGCCACAGUAGACAAGAUCAUGAAGGAUCUGGACUCCAAUGGUGAUGGAGAGGUGAACUUUGAGGAGUUUGUUUCUCUAGUUGUGGGCCUGUCCAUCGCCUGUGAACAGUGCUACCAGAUGCACAAGAAGAAGAUGGGGAAGUGAGGGAUGAAAAGAGGAGAGGAGGAAGGGGCGUGGAGAAAAGGGUUCUAGUUUUCACUUUUGUAAUGAUCACACUGUCCAUUAAACACAAAGACCAAGGA